AUGGCGGCGCACAUGGACAGCGCGGCUAAAGGGGGCUUUUCAUCACGAAACGCUACCAGUUUUCAGAAAAAAUCCCGCAGUAAAUUGCUUCAGAUUCCUGGCACUAAACCGUCUGUUCACACCGGGCAGCUCAUCGUGUCCUCCGGUGUACCGUCACUAGACUGUGCUUUGGGAGGAGGACUGGCAGUGGGCAGCCUGCUGCUUAUUGAGGAGGAUGAGUUUGACAGUUACUCACGUACAUUGCUGCAGUAUUUCCUGGCGGAAGGUGUGAUGAGUGGACACGAACUCUUCAUUGCUUCAGCUCAAGAUCACCCUGAUGACAUCAUAAAGGAUCUUCCAUCUCCACUUCAGGAUGAAGAUCCAGGGUCUAAAAGUGUCUCGUCAUCGAAUCUGGAUCAGCAAGAUGCAAUGAAAAUCGCCUGGCGCUAUCAGAACCUCCCUAAAGUCCAGACUGUGCUUUCCUCUUCAUCCCGCUUCGGUCAUUAUUACGACCUCUCCAAACAUAUGGAGCAAGAUCUUCUACAAAACACCAAGAUUCACACUUUCUACCUGCCUGAAGAGCAAACAAACCCUACACAUCAGAGGCUCAAUCCCAGCGGUGUUCUCGGCCCCUACUCCGUGUUACUACGCUCUAUCCAGUUGUUAAUCAGACAAAAUGGGUUCGAUGGCUCAAACUCACAGGUGAAGCCUAGUAAUGUGCUACGACUUGCCCUGCACUCCCUGGGGUCAGCACUAUGGGGUGAUGAUGUGUGUGUUAGUUCUGCCAACAAUCACGCCCUGUUGGCCUUCCUCUAUGCCUUCCGAGCCCUGCUACGCUCUUCCCUUUCCGUCGCAAUUGUGACGGUACCCACUCACCUUGUCAGGAAUAAGUUAAUAAGAGGGAGGAUGAUCAGGUUGAGCGAUACAGCUAUCGCGUUGCAGUCGUUCUCAGACGCAGAGAGAAACAAAAGCCCACUUUAUAAAGACUACCACGGUCUUCUGCAUGUUAUCCAGGUUCCUCGGCUGAACUGUUUGAGCUGUGAAGUUCCAGAUACAAAGGACCUCGCAUUCAGAUUGAAGAGGAGACAGUUUACCAUUGAGAGGAUGCAUUUGCCCCCAGAUCUCUCGGACUCAGUAAGCCGAGUCAGUAAAGUACAGCAUGCUCCACUUUGUACUACUGAUAGAAACAAGAACCUGGACUUCUAGAGAGCACCCACACUUUCAUCUUCAUCUUUAUUUCUCAUCAUCAAAUAAAAGAAAAUUUGUUGUGAAA